AUGUUUGUUCUCUUCUUUUUCUUACUUGGGCUUGCAGUAGGGCAAGAUUUUGCCAUUACUGCUGCGCCUACCUUUCUUUUCAAGCGACAACAGCGCAUAACUGAUUGCGAUGGACCGACUCAUGCUCUGUGGACAUGCCCAAACGGGGAGUGCUAUUGGGGCGACGAUGGCUUUGUAGGAUGCUGUUCAUUGUCUAGUUGCGCUCCCCGGACCCGAUGCAUCGAGUAUGACGAUCUUGAGGAUGAUAUAUGCGAUCACAACACUGGAGGAUGCGUUGUUUGCUCCAAAUCCGAGUCCCCAUUAUGCGUUUUCCUUACGAAUCCCGCCAUGAAGGAGUACGGCUAUUACUGCGAUACUGCACGUCGAACUGGGUCUAGUUCGUUCGAGUAUGACCUCCCCGCCGGGGCAGUCAUUCGCACAAUCAAGGACACCCAGGAGGCACCUAUCACGACAGAGACUGACUCUGAAGAUACGACGACCACCGAUGACUUUACGAUUGAAGGCGGUAGUGAAUCUGAGACGGAGACAGCAACUGACGCUACCGCCACUGAAGCUACCGCCACUGAAGCUACCGCCACUGGAGCUACCACCACCGAGGCAGAUCCUACCUCGUCGGGUGGUACCACUGAUCCAACUGCUACAGAUACAGCUGUGGCAGAUGCAAGUGAGCUCACUGAAACAAAGGGAAAGCUCAGAUCAGCCAUUGCAGCAGCUGCAGCCCUUGGAGCCAUCGUUGGAACACUCAUCCUGUUGGCCAUUGCAUUCAUCUGGUACAGAAAGCGUUCUAAACGUCAAGAACACCCACAACCAAUAGCUCAGCCUAUGGUACACUCACAGCCGUCUUCUGUACCUGGGUACUCUCAUCAGUACUAUGAGACCGUCUCAAACCCACCCAGUGCAUCAGUCUCGCCCCCGAAUACAUCGUUUGGUGGAUCUGCUGUCGCACCUAGUCCGACUUCGAGGGCAGAUGAGCAAAUGCCUCACAUCCCAGAGCUUGGACGUUAUCGUUACUAG